UUUCAGUUCAGAGAAAUCAAAACUAAACUGCUGUCGAACGGUUGCGGAAGUCUCUCUACCUGUGAGUGUGUACAGUAAAAUGGCAGAAUCCAGUGUUUCUUUGGCUCAGAAUCAGUUCAACUGUUCAAUCUGUCUCAAUAAACUGACGGAUCCAGUGACCAUUCCCUGUGGACACAGUUACUGUAAGAGCUGUAUUACAGGCUGCUGGGAUCAGGAUGAUCAGAAGGGAGUCUACAGCUGUCCUCAGUGCAGACAGACCUUCACUCCAAGACCUGUUUUAGGUAAAAACACCAUGCUGGUUAAAGUGGAGGAUAAUCCGAGGAAGAGAAAAAUACAAGCUGCUCAACUUGAUCACUGUUAUGGUGAACUUGGAGAUGUGGAGUGUGAUGUCUGUACUGGGUCGAAAAAUAAAGCCAUCAAGUCCUGUCUGGUGUGUCUGAACUCUUACUGUCAAACCCAUUUUGAACGUCAUGAAGAAUUUCACCCAGGAAAACGGCACAAAGUGACGAAUGCCACUAAAAGACUGCAGGAGAUGAUCUGCCCUCAACAUGAUAAACUGCUGGAGAUUUUCUGUCGUACUGACCAGCACUGUAUAUGCUAUUUGUGUAUGUUGGAUGAACACAAAAACCAUGACCAUGUAUCAGCUGCAGCAGAGAGGACUGAGAAACAGACACAACUGGAAGAGAUGCAAAGAAAAUUCCAGCAGAGAAUCCAGGAGAGAGAGAAGGAGCUUGAGGAGCUGAGAGAGACUGUAGAUAAUUACAAGCGCUCUGCACAGACAGCAGUGGAGGACAGUGAGAGGAUCUUUACUGAGCUGAUCCACUCCAUUGAGAGAAGCCGCUCUGAGGUGACACGGCUGAUCAGAGAUCAGGAGAAGGCUGCAGUGAGUCGAGCUGAAGUACUAUUGGAGCAACUGAAAAAGGAGAUUGAAGAUCUGAAAAGGAGAGACGCUGAGGUGGACAAGCUUUCACACACAGACCUUCACAUCCAUUUCCUCCAGAGUUUCCAGUCUCUCUCUGUCCCUCCUGGAUCUACAGACUCACCCACCAUCACUUACAGUUCUCAUUGCACUUUUGAUGAUGUUGAAAAAUCUGUGUCUCAUCUGAGAGAAAAACUGGAGCAUUUCUGCAGAGAGGAAAUACAAAAUAUUCAUAAUAAAGCAAAAUAUAUUGAGAUUAUUCCCAUCCCUGAAUGCAAGACAAGGGACGAGUUUCUGCAGUAUUUCCUCCAGUUCACAGUGGAUUCAAACACUGUACAUAAAAACCUCCAUCUGUCUAGAGGGGACAGAGAAAUUACUUACACUGACACAGACCAGCCGUAUCCUGAUCAUCCUGACAGAUUUGAUACUCUGCAGCAAGUGUUGUGUAGAGAGAGUGUGUGUGGACGCUCUUACUGGGAGGUGGAGUGGAGUGGUGAGGUUGAAAUAUCAGUGUCGUACAAGAGCAUUAGCAGGAAGAGAUGUGGUGAUGAUAAUGUUUACAACCAUGAUGGUUAUGACAAGUCUGACUUUGGACUUAAUGAUAAGUCUUGGUGUUUGUUCUGCUCUGACUCCAGUUGCUCAUUCUGGCAUAAUAACACAGAGACUAAACUCCCUGAGGUCUCCAGCUCCUCUAGAAUAGGAGUGUAUGUCGAUCACGGUGCAGGAACUCUGUCCUUCUACAGCGUCUCUGACACAAUGACCCUCAUUCACAGAGUCCACACAACAUUCACUCAGCCUCUCUAUCCUGGGUUUGGGGUUUAUAGUGUAUCAGCUGUGAAACUGGUAUCAAAAUAGAGGAUGCAUACAGUAGAUUGUCAAAAUAAUAAAUCUGUCAAACUGCUUUAAAGGGUUAGUUCACUCAAAAAUGAAAAUUAGCCUAUAAAUUAC